AUGGAAGGUGUUUUGGUUCAUCUGAAAGUGGCCAAUUGUUCCCUGGGAGAGGCGUUCGCAACUGCCGCCGCAGUCAACUUGCUCUAUGACAAGCGAUUGCGGGAGCUCGACGUUGAGGACAACGAGUUCCCCGUCAGCGCACUGUACAGCAUGAUAGGCGCCCUGGAGGUGAACAAGACGUUGGAAGCGCUUGUCGUCAACACGUCGGGCGCGCAUCCCCAGGAGGAGGUCAACGUCCUGUUUGACUUGAUCCGGGAGAUCGACGUGUUCUCGCGCCUAAAGUUCAACUGGAUCCGUCCUCGUGCGUCGCACUUCGCGGCGGGCGUCCGUGCUUCCCAAGCGUCCACCAUUUACGAGCACCUGGACGAGUUCGGAGUAGAGGACGCGACGGAGUUCCUGGACGCCCUUGCUUCCGCUCGCAGCGUUGGCCUGACCUGGCUUGAAUGCACAACGCUUGCUGAGCAACGCGUGGUUCAAAUGCUGACCGACACUCUCGCCAGGACGAAGCACCUGAGGAAAGUAGCGCUCAUCUAUCUCCCACUGCAGCGCUCGGGGCACGCUCCAACUUCACCGUUUAAAUAAGUAAAGCGCAAAUUAGGAAUCACUCCAGAUACUUCAGGAGCAUUGAAUGAAUUGAGAAGUAAGGAGAACUAAGGAGAAGUAACCGAAUUUAGACGGUUAUGAAAAGUAAAUGAAACA